AUGGUAGAGGAUUAGUAACUACAAAAGCAAAAUAUCAAGGAAAUUCUAAAUCACAAAGAAGAUUUGAGACUUCUGAUUUUGAAAAAUAUCCAGGAGCACAUCCCCUCUUGGAGGAAUAUAAUUACACAUGAGAUGGUGCAUCUUACCAGACUCUCCGGGCUAUCUAAUGCCUGUUAUAGAGUUAAGAUUUCACCUGAAGUUGAUGAUGAUAAUUUCUAGGUUGAGAUGCAAGGCUUAGAACCUCAAUCUCUUCUGUAUAGAGUGUUUGAAUGCCCAAUAGUAGAUUGGGAUAUGGAGAAUGUGCUUUUUAAAACACUUUCAGACCAAGGAAUAGGACCUAAGCUGUACUACCAAUGUGCAGAAUACAGAAUAGAGGGAUUUUUCCUGUCAAGGCCCAUUACCAUUUUUGAAAUGCGAAACACAUUAUUUUUAGAUGCUUUUGCUGAGAAAAUCUGUGAUUUCAACUAUAACAAAGAGGCUCAGGAGAGUGUUAAUAAAUUUAUUUCAAUGGACUAGAUCUAAUUCAGAAUUUGGAUGAGCUAAUGGGUUGAUGACGUCAAAAAAAGACUCAUUGUACUUAGGGAAAAAUAAGCAAAUAACCCUGACAUACUAAGGAUUCUUUAGGAAUUUGAGGAGCAAUUCUUUUUCGAGGGUCAUAUUGAUUACUUUGAAAGUCACCUGUGCAGCGAUUCAGAAAUUGUCUUAGCCCAUAAUGAUACAUAGGAGAAUAAUAUUUUGUCCUCAUUGGAAGAUAGCACAUAGAUUCUACUGAUAGAUUUCGAGUAUAUUGGUUGGGCUCCUAGAGCAUACGAUUUAGCAAACUACAUAGCCGAGACAAUGUUGGAGAAUGCCUACCCUUUAAAAAAUGGUAUAAAAUGCUACCUUAAAAAUUUUAUGAAUGAUCAAGAAUAAAAGUAUCUUAUAACGAAAUAUCUUGAGAGGCACUAUGAAAAGUACUUUUAAGGAGACAAAACUUAAGUCAGCCUUGAAGAUUACCUAAGAGAGGAGGUGCCAAAGCUGCUAUAAGAGACUAGACAUUUAAUGCUGAUAGCAAAUUAUAUGUGGGCAGUUUGGUCGCUUAAGAUCCUGAAGGAUGAAAACGAAGGAAGUGAUAAAUGCUUUAAUUUUGACUACCUUGAUUGUAAAAUUCAGAUGUUCAAAUUAGUUAAGUAACUCUACAACUUCUGA